UGCAAAUGCCGUGGAAAAAACAGAGACCCCCGCCAUAGAUAAAGAGCCACACUGCUCUCUCUCAGAGCAUCCCCCAAAGCACACGAAGGCACUCUCCCUCUUCUCUGUCCAAGACCCUAACCCUAACCCUAACCCUAAUUUUUAUACCGGUAAAGGUAUGGCGGCCUCACUCAUUAUGCCGACGUCUUCUUCGUCGUCGUCGUCAAUGGCGUCGUCUUUUUCGUCUCUCUUCUCUCGCUGCUCUGUCAGCCAUAAAACUCUGCUCCCCAACGACUCCGGCUCUCGAAUCUACGCUCCUAAUAGCGUCAAAUGUGAUAUGGCUGAGCCAAUUAAAUACGGAAAUGGGAAGCCAAUCAUUCCUAUUGUUAACGAACGGACGCUGCCCAAGUUCUUGGAAUCAGCACGCUUGGAGAAGUCAGUUAACAGAAGUAGUCCUAGGAUCAAACUGUUUUCUGGCACAGCAAAUCCUGCACUCUCUCAGGAAAUUGCUUGGUACAUGGGAUUGGAGCUUGGGAAGAUCAACAUAAAGCGCUUUGCAGAUGGUGAAGUUUACGUCCAAUUGGGAGAGAGUGUUAGAGGAUGUGAUGUAUUCUUACUGCAGCCAACUUGCCCUCCUGUGAAUGAGAACUUCAUGGAGCUACAGAUAGUAAUUGAUGCUUGUCGGAGGGCAUCGGCCAAAAAUAUUACUGCAGUAAUUCCAUAUUUCGGAUAUUCCAGAGCUGAUAGAAAGACUCAAGGGCGUGAGUCCAUUGCAGCCAAGCUGGCUGCAAACCUCAUCACUGUAGCAGGUGCAGACCGUGUUCUUGCUUGUGACAUUCACUCUGGGCAGUCAAUAGGUUACUUUGAUAUACCAGUAGAUCAUGUAUAUUGCGAGCAUGUGAUCCUUGAUUAUCUUGCCAGCAAGACAAUUUGUUCUGAUGAUUUGGUAGUGGUGUCCCCUGAUGUUGGGGGAGUUGCAAGAGCACGUGCUUUUGCAAAAAAAUUAUCUGAUGCACCUUUAGCCAUUGUAGACAAAAGACGUCAAGGACACAAUGUUGCUGAGGUGAUGAACCUGAUUGGUGAUGUAAAAGGAAAAGUUGCAGUUAUGGUGGAUGAUAUGAUCGACACUGCUGGGACAAUUUCAAAAGGUGCAGCUCUAUUGCAUCAAGAAGGGGCAAGGGAAGUCUAUGCAUGCUGUACUCAUGCUGUGUUUAGCCCUCCUGCAAUUGAAAGGUUGUCAAAUGGCCUGUUUCAAGAGGUGAUUGUAACGAACACAAUUCCUGUUGCGGAGAAGAAUUACUUUCCCCAGUUGACUGUGCUUUCAGUAGCAAACCUGUUGGGUGAAACUAUUUGGCGUGUUCAUGAUGAUUCUUCUGUGAGUAGCAUAUUUCAGUGAAACCAGAUAAGGGUGAUAGGCAAUGCCAAUCGCUUCCUUCAAAAUCUAUAGCACAUUGAUUUCCCCAUCCAAUCUUCCAUUUUUAUUGGUUCUC